CCUCAGAAACAAGAUAAUAUCGUCUGGCAAUUGGAUUGCUGGCGUAUUUAAAACAGUUGAGCGCCCGAACGACCACAGUCGUCGACGAUCGCUGCCAGUGUUGAGAAGAAUCUGUUUAAAAUGAGCAAGUCCGAGUGGGAAAACAAUGAGGAAAUUAAAAUUUUCCGCGAAUACCUACGUAUUCCAACAGUGCACCCAAAUGUGGAUUACACCGCUUGUGUAGAAUUCUUGAAACGUCAGGCAGACAGCCUGGGACUGCCGGUGGAUGUUCUUUAUCCCGUUAACGAAUCCAAUCCCGUCGUAGUAAUGAAAUGGCUAGGCAAGGAGCCUGAACUACCUUCCAUUAUUCUAAACUCUCACACCGAUGUUGUGCCUGUUUUCGCUGACAAGUGGACUCACGGACCUUUCAGCGCCGAUCUAGAUGACGAAGGUCGCAUUUAUGCGCGUGGCUCGCAGGACAUGAAGUGCGUUGGAACUCAAUAUCUGGGUGCCAUUCGCGCCCUCAAAGCCAGCGGCUUUCAGCCAAAGCGUACUGUUUACCUUACCUACGUGCCUGAUGAAGAGGUUGGGGGUCAUCUAGGCAUGCGCGAGUUGGUGAAGAGUGAUUACUUCAAGAAACUAAACGUGGGAUUCAGCUUUGACGAGGGUAUUUCCAGUGAGGAUGAAACCUACGCCGUUUACUAUGCCGAAAGAACAUUAUGGCAUCUCAAGUUUAAGAUCAGUGGAACUGCGGGUCACGGUUCCCUGUUGUUACCCAACACCGCUGGCGAGAAGCUCCAUUAUAUUGUGAAUAAAAUGAUGGAGUUCCGUGAAUCACAGUUGAAACGACUUAAGGAAGACUCCAACAUUGACAUUGGAGAUGUAACCACCGUUAACCUAACACAACUACGCGGAGGAGUGCAAAGCAAUGUAGUACCACCCUUGCUAGAGGUAGUCUUUGAUAUUCGAAUCGCUAUAACAGUCGAUGUAGAUGCCUUCGAGAAGCAAGUUCGCAACUGGUGCGCAGAGGCUGGCGGCGGCAUUGAACUGGAUUUCGAGAUGAAAAACCCAUAUGUAAAGCCGACCAAGAUAGACGAAUCGAAUAUAUAUUGGGUGGCUUUUAAGAAAGCAUUAGACGAAGUAGGUCUAAAAACACGAUACCGCGUGUUCCCUGGCGCCACCGAUAGCCGAUACGUCCGCCAUGCAGGUAUUCCGGCUUUGGGAUUUUCGCCAAUCAAUAAGACCCCUUUACUGCUGCAUGAUCACGAUGAAUUUCUGCGCGCGGAUACGUAUCUGAAUGGCAUUGAGGUUUACAAGAAGCUAAUAUCAACUGUUGCCAAUGCUUAAACGAAAUACGGGCUUCUGCGCAUUUUUUACUCCAUUUGGCUGCCACUAUUAUUAAAGUCACAAAUAUUAAAUGGAUAUUUUUAGAUCUAAAGGAAUGUUCACAUAUGUACCAUAUUUGUUUUUCUGCCUAUCAUGCCUAUUAAAUUAAAUUGCCAUGA